CCGCUUAUGUCUGUGUGUGUAUGAGUAUAUUCUUUUUUUUUCUUUCACUCAUUUGACUGCAGCCAUGCUGGAGCACCAACUUAAAGGGCUUUUUAGUCGAAAAAUAUCGAUCCCCAAAACUUAUUCUUUAUAAGCCUGGUGCUUCUUCUUUCUUUUACCGAACCACUGAGCUACGGGGACGUAAACACACCAACAUCAGUUGUCAAUUAGUUUCUUAGCAUUGGGACUCGUGGUUAGGCAGACUUUUUGCUUGGAAACACGAAGCACGUCAUAAGAAUCUCCCUAACCAAAAUGCCUCAAUUGUGUGAUUGAUUUUAAAAUUCCUGUAAAACGAUGACCUCACUUGAUAAAGCUACUCCCAGGAUUCUACAUUACGUGACACCCUGUUUUCUCAGUGAAACCAUAAGCAGUCGAGCUGGAUUUAAGGUUUAUCUGAAAUUAGAGAACUUACAACCAAGCGGUUCCUUUAAGAUACGUGGUAUUGGUAACUUUUGUCAAAAGGCAAAACAGAGAGGUGCUACGAAGUUUUCUUCUUCUUCAGGUGGAAAUGCUGGCCUGGCAGCAGCUCUUGCCACCAGAAAGUUAGGACUUCCUCUUUCCAUAGUCGUUCCUGAGACAUGCCCAUCAUUUAUUCAAGAGGAUUUGAGAAAACAGGGUGCACAAGUUGAAGUAUUCGGUAGCUGUUUUGAUGAAGCAAAUGAACGAGCUCUGGCAAAAGCAGAGAAAGAAGGCCUUGUCCACAUUCACCCAUUUGAUCACCCUGAUAUUUGGGAGGGACACAGUUCUAUCAUAACGGAAUGUGAACAGCAGCUAGAAUCCAAACCAGACGUAGUGGUGACAUGUGUUGGCGGUGGUGGCCUUCUGAAUGGGGUAUUAGAUGGUUUGAAAAAAGUUGGUUGGGAGGACCUCCCAGUUAUUGCAAUGGAAACAAUAGGCGCUGAUUGUUUUAACAAGGCUGUUGAAAAAGGAAACUUGGUGACCUUACCAGCAAUUACCAGGUAAGUCCUGUAUAGUUAACUU